AUGAUGUUUAACAAAUUAUGGAAGUACCAACUCAAGAUGAACCCUUUGAAGUAUGCUUUCGGCAUCACAUCAAGUAAAUUUCUUGGUUUCAUCGUUAAACAUCAAGGCAUCGAAGUAGAUCAGACCAAGAUUAGAGCCAUCCGAGAUAUGCCCGAGCCAAGAAAUUUACGGAGGUGUCAGCCAUUCAGUUACCUUAUGAAAAAGGAUGUUCCAUUUGUUUGGGAUGAAGUUUGUCACAAUGCCUUUGAAAGCAUAAAGAAGUACCUAUCGAGUUCACCACUGUUAGGAGCUCCUAUUCCAGGCAAACCACUCAUAUUGUACAUUGCGGCUCAAAAAAGAUCAAUUGGAGCCCUUUUAGCGCAAGAGAAUGAGUCACAUAAAGAGCAAGCACUCUACUAUCUAAGAUGA